AUGCCGGAAAGCUUCGACCUGCUGGUGCGCCACUGCCGAAGGGAGGGAAUUCCCCUUAUCGCAUGCCCGGGCCACCAGGAAUGGGACGAGGAUCUGGUCACUGCCUGCACAGUCCCCGUGGCCGAAGUUGAGACGGUUUUCGCCUACCUGAUGCAGGGCGGCGUCCACAACUUCCAGAACCUGUUCCUGUUCCUGAGCGACACCUAUUUCGGGACGGAUCACGGCCACGAGGCACCUGCGCCACUGCCGUGGGAGGGGAUCUACCACCCCGAUGUCGCCAAUGGCAUUGACGUAGAAACCUACCUGGGUCAGCGCUUCCAGCCGGAGGGCCCCUCCAUAGGAAUCCUGUUCUAUCGCGCCCACUGGAUGAGCGGAAACCUGCUGCCCAUCGAUAGCCUGAUUCGCAGCCUGGAAGCAAAGGGGGCCAAUGUCCUUCCCGUCUACGCCUUCAGCCUGAAGCACAGUCCCGAGGGCGAUGGCGUGGCCAACCGGGCUUUCACCGAAUACCUGGCCGCUCCAGAUGGCUCCCCACGGGUGCAUUGCAUAGUCAACACCAUGGGCAUGUCCAUGGGCGAUCUCAGCACCGACGGGCCCGCCAUCGCCUCCGGCUGGUCCGUGAAUUACCUCGACAACCUGAACGUUCCAAUGAUACAGGCCAUCAUCAGUACCGGCUCCCAGGACGACUGGCUGGAAAGCGACCUGGGGCUGGGUCCGAUCGACACCGCAAUGAGCGUUGCGCUCCCAGAAUUCGAUGGGCGCCUUAUCUCGGUUCCCAUCUCGUUCAAGGAGGAGGCACCAACGGACGGGUCGAACGGCCUCGUUGGACGGCUCCAGCGGUAUGUACCGAGGGAGGACCGGGUGGAGAUGGUAGCUAGGUUGGCCAUCAAGCAGGCCGGCCUUGCGCUGAAGCCCAACUCGGAAAAAAAGAUUGCAGUCAUACUCAGCAAUUACCCCACCAAAGAUGCCCGCAUUGGGAACGCAGUGGGGCUGGACACUCCGGCGUCCGCCGUCCUGGUUCUGAACGCUCUCAAGGACGCCGGCUACAAGGUGCAGGACAUUCCAGAGACUGGUGAUGAACUGGUCCACCGAAUAAUCGAGCGGUGCAGCAACGAUCGCGACUCUCUGACCGAGGAGCAACUAAGGCUAGCCGCCGGACACGUUACGAGUCGCCAGUAUGCCGAAUGGUUCUCCACGUUCCCCGAGGACGUCGCCGAAGAGUUGAAACGAGACUGGGGCGAACCGCCCGGUCAGGUCUAUCGUACCAACGGCAGCCUCGCUAUCGCGGGCAUCGAUCUGGGCAACGUAUUUGUCGGUCUGCAGCCGCCCCGGGGGUUCGGAGACAACCCGAUCGCCAUAUACCACAGCCCAGACAUGGCGCCAACCCAUCAUUACAUCGCCUACUACCGCUGGGUGCGCGACGUGUUUGGCGCCGACGCCAUCCUGCAUCUGGGCAAGCACGGCACGCUCGAAUGGCUGCCAGGCAAAGGCAUCGGGCUGUCGCCUUCCUGCUACCCGGAAGUGGCGAUGGACGACGUGCCGCUGUUCUACCCGUUUAUCAUCAAUGACCCCGGAGAGGGUUCUCAGGCCAAGCGCCGCGCCCACGCCACCGUCGUAGAUCACCUGAUUCCUUCAAUGACCACUGCUGACAGCUACGGCGACAUAGCCCGCAUCGAGCAGUUGAUGGACGAGCACUACCAGUGCCAGACUCUUGACCCGUCCAAACUGCCAUUGCUGGAAGCGCAGAUCUGGGAGGUGAUACAGCAGGCCGAGUUGCACCGCGACCUGGGAAUCGAGUCGCAGCCGGAUGAUUUUGCUGGGUUCAUUCUGGAAAUCGACGGCUAUCUUUGCGAGCUCAAGGAUGCCCAGAUCAAGGACGGCCUGCACAUCCUGGGCAACACGCCCGAAGGGGAGCAGCUUAUCGGGCUGCUCUGUGCGCUCACUCGUUUGGACAUUGGCGGAAUUCCAAGCCUGCGGCGCUCCAUCGCCGAGGCCUUGGGUAUCGAUUACGCCCGCCUGAUCGACGAUCUGGGCGAACCCCACGCAGGCGACAUUCCGACCACUAUAGCCGAGUUGAACCCGGACGCUGCGGUACGCACCAACGGCGACGUGCUGGAGGGCAUCGAGCUCCUGUGCCGCCAAGCGUAUCGAGAGAUGCUGGAACGAGACUUUGCCGUUAGAGAUGCCGGACCUGUGGUGAACAGCAUCCUCGGGAUACCCGACGCGCAGACCCAGUCGGUAUUGGAGUACGUGGCGGGCGCGGUGUAUCCCGCACUGAUGCGCACACCCGACGAGAUCGGCAACCUGCUGCGAGGAUUGGAGGGUAAGUACGUUCCUCCCGGCCCCAGCGGCGCGCCGACCCGCGGCAUGGCCAACAUCCUUCCCACCGGCAGGAAUUUCUAUUCCGUCGAUCCGAAGACCAUACCGUCUCCGGCUGCGUGGGAAACAGGGAAGCAGUUGGCCCAGUCCCUUUUGGACAAGUACCUGGAGGAUGAGGGCGCCUACCCGGAAAUGGUGGGUCUGGUGGUCUGGGGAACAUCGGCCAUGCGCACCCAUGGCGAUGACAUUGCUCAGAUACUGCACUUGAUGGGCGUCCGUCCCAGAUGGCAGGUCGAAAGCCGCCGUGUAAUGGGCAUUGAAGUCAUCCCUCUGGAGGAGCUGGGCCGCCCGCGCAUCGACGUUACUGUUCGUAUAAGCGGUUUCUUCCGGGACGCCUUCCCCAAUCUGAUCAACCUGCUCGACGAAGGCGUACAGAUGGUGGCGUCGCUGGACGAAUCUUCAGAAGACAACUAUGUCGUCAAGCACCUGCGCGAGGACCUCGCAGUCCCACAGGAGGUCGAGCUGGCAGACGACGGUACACCCAGGAGCCGCAGCCUUUACCGCAUCUUCGGAAGCAAACCCGGCACCUACGGCGCGGGCAUCCUCACUGUUAUUGACGAACGAAACUGGGAAACCGUGGAGGACCUUGCCGAGGCGGCGGUUCAGCAGAUUGUAGUAGCCGCCAAGAACCAGGACACCCGAGAGCACGACAUCUUCGACAGCGAUGACUACAUGCAGUACCACGGUGGUAUGAUUGCCACUGUGCGGGCGCUCACUGGACGCAACCCCCGCCAGUUCUUCGGUGACAGCUCAGACCCCUCGCGGGCCAGGAACCGGGACUUGCAGGAUGAGGCGAGGCGCGUAUUCCGCAGCCGGGUGGUCAAUCCCAAGUGGAUCGACUCGAUGAAGCGCCACGGCUAUAAGGGGGCUUUCGAGCUCGCCGCGACAGUCGAUUAUAUGUUUGGCUAUGAUGCCACGGCCCAGGUAGUCGAGGACUGGAUGUACGAGGACGUAACCGAGAGUUAUGUCCUGGACCCGGAACCCAAACGUUUUUCAGCCAAAGCAACCCUGGCCCUCAAGCGGUUAUCGUGGAGCGCAUGCUCGACGGGCCAUUGGCGAGGGGACAUGAAAACCCACUCCAGAAACAGAAUGCGGGAGACGAAGAAACUGCAGCAGCUGUACCUGGAACUGGAGGCCGACCUGGAAGCCCGUCAGGAGGGUCUCGCCAGCGCCUAG